AAUUACACCUUUGUAGGUAGUCUACAAAUUAAUGGAAUCGAUAUUGAAUCAAGUUACCGAUGUUCGAGUCACGAGUACUUCCUUUAUUAAUUUUAACUUGAUGUGGAGGAAGAUCGGCCCUUAAGAUGCAGAUCUUCGUGAAAACCCUAACAGGCAAGACUAUCACCCUAGAGGUUGAACCUUCUGAUACCAUUGAAAAUGUCAAAGCUAAAAUUCAAGACAAAGAAGGUAUUCCUCCUGAUCAGCAGAGAUUGAUUUUUGCUGGUAAACAGCUGGAAGAUGGUCGCACAUUAUCGGACUACAAUAUUCAAAAAGAGUCUACACUCCAUUUGGUAUUGAGAUUGAGAGGUGGAAUUAUUGAGCCUUCCCUUAGGAUCUUGGCUUCCAAAUUCAACUGUGACAAAAUGAUUUGCAGAAAGUGCUAUGCUCGUCUGCACCCUCGUGCCACCAAUUGCCGCAAACGCAAGUGUGGCCACACCAGCAACAUCAGACCCAAGAAGAAGCUCAAGUAAACUACUGGUGUCGUGUGUCUUACGAUCAUGCUAUACGUCUGUAGUUUUUGUUAGUGGAAACAGAAAGGAACAUUUACAGAAAUGAAAGCAAUUUUUACGACAAGGAACAUGGAAACAAAAAUAAUAUUUCUGUCUGUUAUUGGUCUUAUCUGUUUUCACUAAUCCUCUACUACUGUCCACACGUUGUGGCAAUAAAAUGUUAUUAACUUUA